UGUUGACCAAUGAUCGCCUAUCUCAAAACCCUAACUUCCGGAGACCCAUUCCUUCCCGGACCUCGGAGGCCCAGAUCGUAACCCUAGCGGCGGCUAUCCUCCACCACCGGAGCGCCGUUGACACUGCCAAGAUGCAGAUCUUUGUCAAGACCCUCACCGGCAAGACCAUCACCCUCGAGGUCGAGUCUUCGGACACGAUCGACAACGUCAAGGCCAAGAUCCAGGACAAGGAGGGCAUCCCGCCGGAUCAGCAGCGCCUCAUCUUCGCCGGAAAGCAGCUCGAGGACGGCCGCACCCUCGCCGACUACAACAUCCAGAAGGAGUCCACCCUCCACCUCGUCCUCCGCCUCCGCGGCGGCGCCAAGAAGCGGAAGAAGAAGACCUACACCAAGCCGAAGAAGAUCAAGCAUAAGAAGAAGAAGGUCAAGCUCGCCGUUCUCCAGUUCUACAAGGUAGACGACACCGGCAAGGUCACGAGGCUCAGGAAGGAGUGCCCCAAUGCCGAGUGCGGCGCUGGGACCUUCAUGGCCAACCACUUCGAUCGCCACUACUGCGGCAAGUGCGGCCUCACCUACGUCUACCAGAAGGCCGGAGCUGAGUGAGAGAUCCGUUUGGAGAUCGGUAUAUAGAGAGAGGCUUUCGAUUCUAGAUCUAUUUCUAAGGGUUUAUUUAAAUGGUUUGUCUCUUUAAAGUCUAAAGUCUUGAAGGACACAAAAAAUACAUUUGAGAUCUAAUUUUUGGUUAAUGUUUUUAUGACAUGGAUGGAUUAUGUUACAUUUGAAACUGGAAUUUUGUGAUUGCCGGAAUGCUUGAUUGUUGGUUUAUCUGACGGCCAGA